AUGAGUACGCUUAAGAGUAUGUUAACAACGGUAGAGGCUAGUCGUGACCGCUCUUGGCAGGACGCAUUAGGAGAGGUUCAGCUGGCUAUGAACUCUACUGUUAAUAGGGUGACUAAAUAUAGCCCUCUAGAGUUGAUGAUAGGAAGGGUAGCACGACCGCUUAGUUUAGUGACCGCCGAUGAUGAUGAUGUGACUGAAGUUAACUUGGAUGAGAUCAGAGAGCACGCGACACAGAAUAUCAAAAAAAAUGCCAAUUAUGAUAAAAAUCGAUUUGACCGAAAUAAGGCUCGGGUUUGUAAAUUAGCUAUCAAUGAUUACGUUUUAAUUGAAAAUGAGGAGAGGAAUCAAACGAAAUUAGAUCCCAAGUUUAAAGGUCCUUUUAAGAUUAUCGAUGUGUUAGAUGGGGAUAGAUACCUACUAAAAGCGCUCGACUCUAAGCGAACCUACAAAUACCCCCAUGAUCGUGUGAGGAAGGUCCCCGAUCACCAAGUUCCUCGAGAAUUAGACGUCAUAGUUGAUGACAGUGAUAGUGAAACCAAAUCUAAUUAA